AAGGUGAUGGGCAUGGUCCCUGAAUAUGCAGCAGAAAUUGCGCGGGCUCUGAGACUGAGACUCUUCUGCGGUCGUUCCUUCCACUAUGGAGCUAUGAAUGAUUCUACCCACCAAUCCCAUGGUUUAAUCUGUUCAGAUAUUGGGCAGUGGAAAUGAAGAAGUCAGCAUUGCGGGUGCAAAAUGUGUCCACUACUGGGAAACAGGUGAAAUGUGGGAAGGAAGCUUUAGUUAAACUCUUAAGAUGGCAUUUCGGGCAUGCCCAAUUCAGGGGGAAGCAGUUGGAGGCAAUUGAAGCAGUUUUAUCAGGAAGAGAUUGUUUUUGUCUUAUGCCAACUGGAGGUGGGAAAUCAAUGUGCUAUCAGAUUCCUGCUCUGGCGAAGCCGGGAAUUGUGCUUGUUGUUUGUCCUUUAAUAGCCUUGAUGGAAAAUCAAGUAAUGGCUUUGAAGGAGAAAGGAAUUGCUGCUGAAUAUCUUGCCUCUACUCAGACGUCAUGCACCAGAGAUAAGAUCCAUGAAGACCUUGAAUCUGGAAAGCCAUCCUUAAGGUUGCUGUAUGUAACACCAGAAUUGAUUGCAAUGCCUGGAUUUACGUCAAAGCUGACAAAGAUUCAUGCUAGAGGAUUAUUAAAUCUAAUUGCCAUAGAUGAGGCUCAUUGCAUCUCAUCAUGGGGACAUGACUUCAGGCCUAGCUACCGGAAACUUUCAUCUUUAAGAAACCGUCUCCCAGAUGUACCAAUUUUGGCUUUGACAGCCACUGCUGCUCCUAAAGUUCAGAAGGAUGUGAUGGAGUCUUUAUCCUUGCAGAACCCUUUGGUUCUAAAAUCAUCUUUUAAUCGUCCUAAUAUAUAUUAUGAAGUUAGAUACAAGGAUCUUUUGGGUGACACCUACACCAAUUUAUCAAGUUUACUCAAAUCUUGUGGAGAUGUUUGUGCGAUAGUGUAUUGUCUUGAACGUACUACAUGUGAUGACUUGUCUGCUCAUCUAUCAAAGAAUGGCAUUUCUUGUGCUGCCUAUCAUGCAGGGUUGAACAAUAAAAUGCGCAGCUUGGUUUUAGAUAACUGGAUCUCUUCUAAGAUACAAGUAGUUGUUGCUACAGUGGCCUUUGGGAUGGGUAUUGAUCGAAAGGAUGUUCGAAUAGUUUGCCACUACAAUAUUCCAAAGUCAAUGGAAGCCUUCUAUCAAGAGUCAGGUAGAGCUGGCCGUGAUCAACUGCCCUGUAGAAGUCUGUUGUAUUAUGGAAUGGAUGAUCGCAAAAGAAUGGAAUUUAUUCUGAGCAAUUCCAAAAGCAAGAAGUUGCAGUCCUCAACCUCACAGGAUGGGUUCUCAAAGAAGUCCCUAUCUGACUUCAAUCAGAUGGUUGAGUACUGUGAAGGGUCUCACUGCCGUAGGAAGAAAAUUCUUGAGAGUUUUGGAGAACAGGUACCUGCAUCACUAUGUAAAAAAUCAUGUGAUGCUUGCAAACAUCCAAAUCUAGUUGCGAAGUACUUGGAGGAGCUAACAACUACUUGUGCAGUUCGACAAAAAAAUAGAUGCUCUCAAAUAUUUAUGAGCAGCUCCUCAAAUUUGACCGAUGAAGAUUUCACUGAGUUCUGGAAUCGUGAUGACGAAGCAAGUAGUUAUGAGGAAGAUAUAUCUGAUUCUGAUGAUGGGAUCGAGGUUGUGAAGGGCUUAGCUAGGUCAAACCUAGAGUCAAAAUCUGGAGUAAAUGAAAGGAUUGAGUUCUUACAGAGUGCAGAAGAGAGCUAUUAUCAGAAUAAGAUGCCAGAUAAAAAGGCCAAUAGGCAUGACAAAAAUGCCAUAUCUGAAAUAUUGAGAGAAGCCAGCAAGCAGAGAAUACUAAAUGCUCUUAAGCAGAUGCAGCAGCGGCUUGGUAUUUUGAAGAUUGAAUUCGAAACAGCAGCCACUUUUUUCGAAAAUGAAUGCUACAAGAAGUAUGGAAAGACUGGGAAAUCAUUCUACUAUUCUCAAGUGGCAAGUACUGUGAGGUGGCUAUCAACUGCAAAUUCUUCAGAGCUAAUGGAUCGGCUUGGCACCAGUUUGGGUUCUCCUUCGGUGAAAACUGUUACCUCUAAAGCAAAUUCCCCUCCAACAUCAUAUCAGGGAAGGGCAGAAAAUAGUAGUGAAGAAAUUCAUGAAAACGUUAGAACAGAAGCAUUUUUAAGCAACUUGCCCCCUCAAAGUGCUCCCCUAGAGAUUGGGUUGCCCCCAAUACCAUCCUUCUCAGACUAUGCUAGCAGCAAAAAAGCAAAUGUUAGUCCAUCAAAUCUUUUAUCAACGUCAAGAAGACAGUCGCCUAUUACAGCUCCCAAGGACAGAGAGAAGAGGAUGAAGUUGCAGUAAGUUUGACUUGUUCUGUUUUUGUAAGUUGGUUUUAGGCCUGUAUUCUAUGGCUGAUUCUGCUCAAGAUAGCAAUGAUGUGAGCAUCCUUUUUGGCCAUUAUUUUCUAAUAUUAUUGUGGCUCGUUUGGAACUUAAUACAUAUUAAGAAAAAGAAAAAAAAUAUCAAGGAAUUCACCUUUUCA